UGAAGGUGUCCAGGUUGUGAGAUCAGCUGAUUUUUUUACGCUGCCAUUUUGUCCGGCGGAGACUUGAACGAAGCAGCCAGCCAGCCAGCCGUGCCCGGGAACAAAUCCCCCUCACCACCACGCCCCCCCACCCCCAUCCCCACGUCGAGACGUUCCACGCGGUGGGACGAGGACAGCGCCAACGGGAAGGCGGAUGCGAUCCACUGGUUAUCAUUUUUUUCCCCACUUCAACUCUUCUCCAAGCUAAUGUCGCUAGCUUUUUUUCCUCUUUCUCGCUCUCUCCAUGCUAACACCCCCCGACUGAGACGUCACCUGUCACCGCCGGCAGCCACUCCGUGUGAUUUUUACAAGUUCAAGCAAUGCCCUUCUCGGUUCUGUGUGACUUUUUCCCCCCCCCGACCCGAAGGAGGAGUUGACUCGCACUUUUUACGACCCGUAGCGGCUAACUAGCUAACAAGUUGACGUGGAGGAAGGAGGCGCUCGAGGAUUUGCGACUUCGUGAAAGCCCAAAAAAAAAAAAAAAAAACAUCGUCCGAGUGACAUAGCGGCCAGUUCGCUAUGUUUAUUUAUGACCGCAAAGUUAUUUCCACUGUGAGCGAAUCCCACAGCGGGACUCUCUUUUGGCUCGAGGAUUGCAGCGGAAACAUGAGCUAACACAGACUAGCUCAGAAUAGUGUCGUAGAUUUAGAGAAAGCUGAACUGAGGCAAGAAUACAAAAAAAAAAAAAAAAAAACUCCAGAAGCCUUUUACGUCCACUUGACAGUAACAUCACGUUAAAGUGUGUCCCCCUCCUCCCCCCCGCCGGGAGUCGACCCACUUGAUCGCCGUUGUGCUCUUUUAUUUGAGCUGUGGGGGGGGUGGGGGGGUUGGGUUGAAAGGCACAGAAGAGGAGCCGGUAAAGGAGAAGUCAUGUCUGGCCAAUCGAUCACCGACAGGAUCGCUGCGGCUCAGCACAGCAUGACCGGAUCGGCGAUCAGCAAGGCGGUGUGCAAGGCCACCACGCACGAAGUGAGCGGACCCAAGAAGAAACACCUUGACUAUUUGAUCCACUGCACCAACGAGAUGAACGUGAACAUUCCCCAGCUGGCGGACACGCUGUUCGAGCGCACAGCCAACUCCAGCUGGGUGGUGGUCUUUAAAGCCCUUAUCACCACGCACCACCUCAUGAUGUACGGCAAUGAGCGUUUCAUCCAGUACCUGGCCUCCAGAAACACACUGUUUAACCUCACCAACUUCCUGGAUAAGGGAGCCCUGCAAGGUUACGACAUGUCAACCUUCAUCAGAAGAUACAGCCGUUACAUGAACGAAAAGGCCAUGUCCUACAGACUUGUGGCUGUGGAUUUCACCAAGAUGAAGCGAGGGACCGAGGGUGUGAUGCGGACCAUGAACACGGAGAAGCUAAUUAAGACGCUGCCCAUAAUUCAGAACCAGCUUGAUGCUUUGCUGGAUUUCCAGGCCAACCCGAACGAACUCACUAAUGGCGUGAUCAACUCUGCGUUCAUGCUGCUCUUCAAAGACUCCAUCAGGCUGUUUGCCGCUUACAACGAAGGGGUCAUCAACCUCUUGGAGAAAUACUUCGACAUGAAGAAGAACCAGUGCAAAGAUGCUCUGGACAUCUACAAGAAGUUUCUUUACAGGAUGACAAAGUUGUCCGAGUUCCUCAAAGUGGCUGAGGAAGUUGGAAUAGAUCAGGGUGACAUCCCCGAUCUCUCGCAGGCCCCCAGCAGCCUCCUGGAGGCGCUGGAGCAGCACCUGGCGUCCCUGGAGGGCAAGAAGACCAAGGAGCUGAAUGCAGACACCAGAGCGUCCACCCUGUCCAGUGCCGUCUCAUGUCUCGCCUCCACCGACAUGUCCUUCGCCCGCAUGGAUGAAAAGGAGAAGCAGCUGGCCCUGGAGGAGGAACAGGCCAGACUCCAGGCUCUUAAGGAUCAGCGUCUGAAGGAGAUCAACAUGCAAACCCCGCCCUCCGCCUCCCCCGGCAGCCAAUCAAUAGGCAGCGGCCACAACAACAACCACAUCGCGCAGACGCCGGAGUUGUUCGGCUCCUCGCUGUCAGGCAACAGUAUGCCCAACCUGAACAGCGACCUGUUUGAUCUUCAGCCGGCCUUCAUCCCCGCGGUGCAGUGCGCUCCUUCCAUUUCCUCCGCCAACUGUGCCUGGGGAGGACUGGAGAGCCAGCCUCUGCAACCCAACGCCCCCGCCAUGACAGUAGAUUUCGAUGCUGUGUUCGGGAAUAAGGCCGCUCCUGGUAACGACGGAACGCAGCCAGCCGCCGGUUUUGACAACCUGGGAGAUCUGCUGAAGCCGACCGUUCCCAUACAUGCGGCGCAUGCCCUCCCGCCUCAAAUGGUCUUCCAGUCCGGAGGAAAGCUGCUCGCCAAUGACCUGGACUCCUCGCUGGCCAACCUUGUAGGCAAUCUGCAGUUUGGUGGAACCCUAUCCAAAAAGCCGGAGAUGCAGUGGAACCAGCCGGGGGAGAAGAAGCUAACCGGGGGGCAGAACUGGCAGAACAAGACCAUGUCCACCACCCAGUGGAGCCCGGCGCCCAUGGUCCCACCACCCAUGCCUGUGCCACACGUGAAUGGAAUGUUCUAUACUAGUUAUGCUCCAGCUCCCGUGGCUUUCCCCAUGACGACGCCACAAGUGCCUGUGUAUGGAAUGGUCCACCCCCAGAUGGGUCAGGUGGGUGGGGUGCCAGUCAUGGCUCCUCAGCCAAUGAUGUACAACCAGCCUGUCCUCAGACCCACUAACCCCUUUGCAGCCAUACCUGGAGCCCAGAUGCAGUUUAUGUAAUCCAGUCAAGCGCCGCGGGUGAGUCGAGUGCCAAAAGCAACAAAUUAACGCAAAGAAGACAAACACGCAAGAGGAGCGAUUAUUUGAUCAAGCCAAAAGGACAAAGACCGCAAGCUAACCGAUGCCCCCCAAAAACAAGUUGACGAGGCUGGAGGGAUCGUCGUUGUCUGAAGCAACUUGCAAAGUGUGUGAGCGUGCGAGUGUCCGAUUUGUGUGCGGGGAGCUGCAUCACUGAAUGUUUGAAGCUGAGAGAAAUGGAAUGCCAGAUUGAAGACGAUGCGUGUGAUCGAUGUGAGGGUCUCUGCUGCCACAUUAGCUUUAUUUCAUACUGGUGCUAUUUUGUUGCCUCUUGGCUACGUCCCUGCCUGCAACUGCGCGUGUGUGUGUCUGUGUGUAUAAAGUGUGUGCGGCUGCUUCAGACAAGCGUCGUCCUCUGAAGCCGUUCCCUCGUCACGCGUGGACGCGUCGGAGGCAAGUCCUCCUUUUGUUUUCUCACGCUCUUGUGAUUGUUUUUUUUUUUUUUUGUCGAAUUGUUUGUUCAGAGGAUUAUUACGCCCAAAUGUUCAAGCCAUCCCUCUUUGUUAAAAAUCCACACAGAGACGCGGUCCCGAGUUGUGACAGCAUGCUACACUUGUGCGACUUCCGUGUUGGCGUUUGUCUCCCGCGUAAUUGAGGUGACAAGUCGAGAUUGACCCCCCGAGCUUUUAUCUUCUCCUCAAAAGCUGUGCUGAUUCAAAGCAAUGCAACGCCGCCAUCUCCGGGGGCUUGAUCGUCAUUACAGGGGUGUACAAUCCUGAAUUUCACAAAAAAGCUGGGCGAGACCCUCUUAUAUGCCCGACCCCCGGUGAAAAACGAACUUGUCGAAUACGUACGCUGAAUUCCAGUGGAAGAGUUAAUAAUUGAUAUUCGUCUAUUUGAAGACUGAUUCUUUUCAUGAUUUCUCAUAAUAAUUACCAACAAUGUAAGGUAGGACAGACAAACAUCAAUAGGCAAAACUUUAUUCCUGUCUCAGUAAGACAGUCGUUCUUCUAGUACGCUAAGUUGUCUGACGAGUGUGGACAACUCGGCGCACUAGUAGGAUAUGAAAGAAACGUUUCGUUGUCUUUGAUGGCAAUUUUUUGGCUGCCCAGCAUCACUAAGCGGACCCAUGUAAUGGCUAUAGAGGCGUUGUGUUUCCUUGUUGUGCGCUAUGUCUGUGCUUGUUUCCAUCAGACAUGUCAAAUCACUUCAAUUGCACUGAUUCUAAGUGUCUUUACGUGUUCCCCUGGUUUUUGAACAAAAUAUGAGCGUCAAAUGUUGUCUCGUGCAAAAGGUCAUCCCCUCAUCCGAAGCAUUCCAUCACAAGGAUUUGUAUGCGGUCGUCACACGUGGCGGUGUGUAAUUCUACAUCUGUUUUCAUCGAGGGCUGCUUCUCAAAAGUCACACAAUUGUCAAAGAUGCAUGCGCUUGUUUUGUCACCCACAUUUUUUUUUAAGAAUUUAAAAAAUAAUGCACACGCAGGGUUUUGCACUGAUGUGACUAAGCCGCAGCUGUCGAGUUUACUUUCUGGUGUCAAAAAAAGCAAAGACAAAACAAAACAAAAAAAGUUUUACAGUUCAUGUCAACACACCAGCCACUUUAGCAGGUAACAAAAGGUUCCUGCCAUUUGAACAAUGACCCGUUUUUCUACUCAAAGCCCCGCCCCCUGUCCAGUGUCGAUAUCCAGACCGCCAGAUCAGUGAUCGUCCCAUCAUGUUUUUGGCUCUUUGUCUAGUUGGAACGCGGCUUCUUCUCGCCGUUUUUGCCGUGUGUAGAUAUGUAAACAUUAACGACGCUAUCGGAUAGAUGUCGCUCUUGAACGCUUCUCGUUGAGUCUCGUGUUAGCUUUUGACUCCUCGUAGACGGAACCUGUUGCCGUAGAUUUUUCUGCCUCGUCCUGUACUGCUCUCAUUUCUUUCAAUCUUUCUUGGUGUGUCGUGUUUUUUUUUUUUUUUUUUUUUUUUUUUUUUUUUCAUUUAGACAAUGUCUUUGGAGGUCUUCAGGCUGUGUUGUUUGGCUUGGCUAUAUUCCCUCUUUUUGCUUUUUAACCCAGUUUCAUUUGUGUCUGUUUGAAGCAUGUCAGAAGCCUAAACGUCCACAGCAAAUCAUGUGAUCAAGGUCUUACGUUCCCAAUACUCUGCACGAGUAAAUUGGGGCCGGUCAUGUAAUUUUCAGUUAAAAAAAAAGAUCAAAUGUGUUUAUUUUCUGAAAUAACGGUCACAAAGCGACAUAAUAAUCCAGAGGUACGUAGCACGCCGAAUGGAGCGGCAAUAGCUUCGUUUUAUAACAACUUUCACAAACGCACUUUCACGCUCGCGAGGCACCGACCGCUAUACGGAAACGUUUCGCUGACACGGCCGACAGUCAGGGCAAUCUGACAAAUUCGACAAACUAAGUCUGCAAAGCCUAGGAAGAGGAGCACUAUGGUUAUGCAGCUCGCCGGGCGACAUCGUCAAAGAGUUGAGAGUUGCCUUCUAAUAGAAGCCUAACGAGUGUGAAUUGUUUCAUGACAAGCAAACUUGUGGGGACAAAAAAAAACCAAACGUGAUCAUGACAUCCCUACUCUGCAUUUUUCUACGUGUCGACUCACUCUGGCAGCUUCACCGUGUAUUAGUGUGUGUAGCUCUCCUAAAUAAGCACCACUGAUAAGUGGUCGAAUCGGGCGAAAUUACUUCCCGAAGCAUCUGAAAGGCGCGUUUUGCUUUUGCGUUCCCACUUGGACACUGAAUCAGGAGCAGAAUGUUUUUUUUUUUCCUCACCUGACAUAUGACGGUGAGCUCAAACCACAUAAAACCUCUUCUACCUGCUCUGUAUGGCAACUACUGUCACUUCUCCUGUUUUGUAUUUCGGAUUUUCCUCUGCAUGGAGCCCAGUCCUACGUUCUGUGACUUGCUCUCCUUUGUCUCCGGUGACUCGCGUAGGUGAAAGAUUUUGCCGUCAAUGAUUGGUGAGUGCAUGGGAGGGGCUCAGCUUUUCGGCUCGAUUUCAUGUUUAAUUGUGAGCGUGAAAGGAAAACACGGAGGAGCCUUGAGAUUAAUGUUGAAAUCAGUGAGUGCAUGGUUGUAUCAUUGAUUGUUCUUUUUCUAAAAAGCCUAAUGUGACGAUGAUCAUCAUUCACAAUUCCCAUAUGAAUUUAUUCCCCCCCCCCCCCCUUUGUGGUAUUGUAAGUAAGCUCGUCAGUCUUCUGAAGCUGAGCCACAGCAGCCAAGUGUCCCCAAAGUUGACACUUUUGUUGUGAUUUUGACGCCAUCUGAUGUACACUUCAUGUAUUGCAGUUUUAUGAAGAAAAAAAAAAGAAUCUGAUGUGUGGUGGCAAAUUGUUUAUCAUAACCUGCAUUAUAUUCAUGUAUGCUUUUUUCCAAAAUUGAGUUAAUUAUGAAAGCUAUCAGCACAGAUGUAAUAAUAGUGCUCAUGUCCCCCGCCAGUCGGUCGCGCAUUCAUUGAUGCCGAACGCUUUUUUGAGCUGGUGCCACCUUUGAAUCUGUCUCUUUGUACAUGAUUUCUAUUUAUUUAAAGCAGAAUUAUAUGGAUCCUAUCGAGCAUGGAAAGGCAAAAAUGAUGAAAAUCACAAGCUUUUAUUUUACAGCAGUAUAUUUGUUUAUUCAGAGGAUUUGUUUUUUUCUGUCUUUUUGGAAGAAAUAAAGUCAUUUUCCAUUACUA